UCCUACCAAUAACAUUUUCCAGAGRGUAGUUUGUUUUAUGCUUAAUGYAUGAGUUGGAGAGAGAAGAGGUAUGAAAAUGAUAGAUUGUGGGAUUUGACCGGAUCUGUUUCUAUGGUCAUCUGACUACAAUGACUAUAGACAGUCUUUCAAAGCAAGCAACGGUGAUUUCUUCACACAAGAACAACUGUUUUCGGRGGACAAUGGUCAACUGUUGUCAGAAGUAUGUGAAAUAUAUUUCGGAAGAGACAAAGAAACAUUUAUCAAUGCUGCAAAAAGCACUUUCUCCCAAAUGCUUCCUGAGAAGAAUGCAAAACAGAUGCUGGCCAGAGAGUUGAGAGAGUUUGUGGGAGGGUGAAGUGAGUAGAACAGGAAUUCAAUGUAUUCUGGAACUUGAUCACAUUUGUUUUCAACCUCUUUUUAAUUAAAUGGUAAGGGAUUAUGUUGCUACUSUAGGUUAAGCUUUUUGUAUCUUGUGCAUACCUAGACUUUAGACGCCUCAAAUUUGGAAGACUUAGCUCAAUAGUAAAUAAACGAAAUCUGAGCCCUCUCUAUUUCUGCUCUAGUUAACUGUAAACACUUWUCAUUCCUACAGUUCAGGCAUAUAUUCAUCCUGGUGAAACAACACAACAUAUUUCACUUUUUUAACAUGAGGUUGACAUGGAUGGCUGUGCCUACUUAGUAGUCAGGGAAUGCAUAGGGCACACGUCUGGCCAACUCCACAAGUGAAAAGAAACGUGUUCAUUAACAUGCACAACCAUCCAUUUCCUCUGAAACAGGCCAUUGUCUCAGACAAAACGCUGGUGGGGAUUGUGGCAACCAGAAGGUCCAAAGUCUGAGGGAUCAAUACAAAUGGCCAUGCAUAGAAAAUCCUCUUUACAAUUACAGGUAAAGUGGUUUAAGGGUGGAGGUUAGGGAGACGUAUAGGGGGAGAAGGUGAAAGGCCUGUUUGUGCAUUUUAGCCUAAAUCAUUUCGCAAUACUUUAAACGGGGGUAUACAGUUCGUAACUGUAAAUUGUCUAACCUUUUUAAGGACCCAAAAAAUGUAUUGCCUGUACAAUCAUAUGAACAUUAGAUAGCCUAUUAUGAUAUAACGCACUCUUUCUUACACAUCAGUUGUAAACCUGGAAGCUCAAAUCCACAAAUUCAGCUCAAAGCCAUACUGUCAUUCAAAACAAUGGUAUUCAAACAAUACUGUAAAUUGACCAUUUUAACAUGGUAAAAGACUGGCAUAGCCAUCAAUGGUGAAUUCUGUGUGAGAAUACAGUGGAGUGAGAGGGUGAAAAAGAGCCUAUUGGUCAGUGUGCUGGACUGGCAGGGUGGUUGACCAGAGGCACUAGGCCCUCCCCACARCAACUAUAAAAGCCUAUACUCUUUGUCCCUCCACAGCCACUACUCACUCUCAUCUGCAAAUAACCUUUGUUUUCAGUCCGAGACACACUGAUCACAUUACAGACCACAAUGACUGAUCUGGAGAGUUCACUGGCCACCAUCAUGGAGGUGUUCCAUAGGUACGCAGAGAAAGAAGGYGACAAGCACAAACUAAAGAAAAGUGAACUAAAAGACUUGAUCAAUGAGGAGCUACCAGCCCUUACAGGGCAAGUGAAGGACCAGGCCACUAUGGACAGUUUGAUGGAGAGCCUGGACACGGAUGGAGACUCGGAAUUAGACUUCCAAGAGUUCAUGACAUUUGUCACCAUGGUAACUGUCUGUUGCCAUGAUUUCUGCGAGCACCAUGAGGAUGAGUAGCUAGGCACCAGUUAAACAAGAGAGAGAGAGAGAAAGCCAGUAAAUUAUAAAGUAGGAACUUUAGUUUGAUAAAAAACUUAAAUGUCAAUGAAAACUUUGUAUUUUUCCAGUUGGUCCCAUUUAGAUUCAAUAGGUUUCUUUUACCCUGUUUGCCUACAAAGGGUUAACGCACUUUGUUGCCUGUGUCUUGUCAGAGUUGACAAAGCCAAAUUGGUUUAGUCCUGAAACUUCAUAGAAUAGUUUUUUGCCAACAAAGCUCAGAGCACUUUUCUUGUACACUAGCUAAGAACCAAUGUAAUAGAUUCAUGCAUUUCUGRGGCUCUAAAUUGGUUAAAUUGUUAUCACUAACAAUGCAUGUAUAAUCAGCUACCCCAUUCAUUGGACAUGGUUUGGCAAGUAAAACAAAUAUUCUCCAGUUUGAUUUUGACCCCCCCKAAAAAUGUUGAAUUCCAGCCAAUAUCUUGAAUUGAAUUCUGUUUUUAUGAAAAUGGUUUUCAAAUUGAACUGUGCUUUGUGAGAUGCUAUUAAAAGUAUAACAUAGAUAAUCAAUAAAGAUGAUAAAAAUGAAUACAAGGACAGACUUUUCACCAGUUACACCAUGUCCUUUUUACUUGAGAUUCCUACAAUUCAUAUUUCUGUCUCCUGUAGAAAAGUUGUGAUGUGUACCCCUAUGUGGCAGUGUUGCUCCAUGACAAAAGCAUCGGCGCUUCCUGGAUGUACGUAAAAGAUAUUGAAUCAGUGACACAGAGAAUGUAUYCAUCUWCCUGAUGCAUCUUCAGUAAACAUCUCUAUGCUAUCAUGACUACGUGCCAUACGUGCCACCUCUUGAUGUCUGUCGCCAAUUCUGUGUUUUAACUGUAUUGGGAAUGAAGAGACAGCGAAAGCAAUAAACGGAGUGGUCUACUGA